AUGUCAUUGACAAACGUCUAUCAUGUGCGUCGGGUCGCCGAUACCUCUGCAAAAGCAUGUUUGAUUUGCUACAAACCAUCAACCAGUGUGAUGAUCACACCGGAUAACAAGGACUUCUUCUACGUGUGCCCCGCACAUUUGCAAGACAAGCAUUUCUGCUCUCCAAUUGUCGACACAGAGGGCCAAGCAAAACGGCUCAAGGAAGAGGAAAUGGCCAAGGAGAUUGAAAAGGUGAAAAAAGAAUAUGAAGAAAAACAACGACGAAAGAAAGAGCGUGAGAAGGCGUCUAGCAAGGACAAUAAAGAGGAAAAAGAUAAGGGCAAAGACGAGACCAAAAACAAAGAUGCAUCUGAGUCAAACGCGAAUGAUGAAAAAGACAGAGAUGAUAAGAUCGCUUCUAUCCAGAAAGGUUCUGGGACGGAGACAAAGUCAGAUGAUUCACCUCGAAUUUUCUCUUUGCACAAGAAUUUCUAUCAGAUGCGCAUCGACCGGCUGCGCAAUAUUGAAAUGGCGAAACGCAACCAGGAAAGAUUAAGGCAGCCUUCACUGUUUCCCUCUGUGCCGUCGGGAAAUCCUUAA